AUGGGCGUCCGGAUCGCGAUACGGGAACAACUGGCACUGCUUGUCGUCCUGGCCGUCCUUGUGGCCUUGAUGAUAUUGUCAGUGCCCGUUUGGAUCUAUGUCAACAGCUUCGUCAUCGAUGUCGAGAGCAACCAGCUCGCCCUGACGGCCUCGCUGAAGGCCUCGCGCAUUUCCAGCGAGCUUGAGUUGGUCCAGACUAACUGCCUCACAAUAUCCUCGCGGCUGUUGAUCCAGCGCUCUAUUUACGACUUUUACAACGGCAAUCAGACAGAGCAAAAUUGGGAAAUAGCCAAAGCCGACCUCGAGAGUGCUCUCUCCGUCGGCUCGCUCAGUGGCCUUCUGCAAGGCCGCAUCUACUCACGAAACUCGACCGGCAAUAACUACGGACUUGUCAAUGUCACGGGUGCCCGCGUCAAUGAGACCCCGAUCGAACUGCCCUACCGUGGGCCCGACAACCAGCCUGUGUUCCUCAGCGACACGGAGGAGGGAUACCCUCCAGAGCUCUAUCCUAAUAUCACCUACAUCGAUCUUGGUCGUCCCAGCCAGGUUCGACCAGGGGAGCGUGCCUACAUCGCCGAAGCAUUUCAAGGUGUUCGCAUUUCUACGAACGGCGGCUUACUGCUUGGGCCGCUUAUCCUCAACGAGACUUUUGCUCUCAUGUCCAUCUCUGUGCCGAUUCGAGACCAGCGAGAGAAUAACUUUGUGAUUGGAUACAUUACGCUAGUCUUCACGUCGAUAUCGCUGCUCGAAGUCGGCAAGUCUCGGGAAGGGUUGGGCGAUACGGGUGUCGUAUUGGUGGUCGGUCCUACGAGCCCGACCAACCGGUUCGACAUUACAAACCCUGUCAGCAACGCUACCUUCCUCCCUGACAGAGACAGGUUCGGGGACACACCUGUGCAGUUCAUCUUGCCGCCUCAACCCGUCGACGGUCAGGCCGACCGACACAGCGAUCGUAGAUAUUUGGAUGGCAACAACAUGGAACCUUUUGCCAUCGAAAAGUUCCCUGCCGUACUCGACUCCUUCUCCAAGCGCUUCGACACGGUCAACAAUGCCAGCUCUAUGCUCUCGACGCACAAUGAACAGAACGUUCCCGUCGCUGUUGGUUUUGCACGGACUAACACGCCUCUUGUUAACUGGACCGUUGUCGUCGAGCAAGCAAAGUCAGAGACAGAUGCGCCCAUUUCGACACUUCGCAACAUCAUCUUGGGGUGUGUCUUUGGCACCGCCGGUUUGUUUAUUAUCUUUAUUUUCCCUUGCGCCCACCUCAGCGUGAUGCCCAUUCGCAGGCUCAAGGCUGCCACCGAGAAGACCGUGGCGCCUCCUGGCUAUGAGGAUGGCUAUUAUGACUGCGACGACGACGACAGCCCGGGGUCCGGUGCCAUCUCUUCACGUUCGCAGAGGUCCAAAAGGGAUGGUCUCGCAGUGGCUCUCCUCAAGCUGGUGGGAUACAAACCAAAAGAAAAGUCGCCUUCCGAGCACGAACGCGAAUCGACGCGCAGAAGUUUCAAGAUACCUGGCAAAGUCGAUGAUCGCAAGCACUUCAUCUCAGACGAGCUCACCGAGUUGACGCAGACUUUCAACGACAUGAGCGACGAACUGACGCCCCUGAACGGCAUUUUGGGCAUGUGCGCCGUCAGCAUGGAGGAGACAGACAUCACCAGGAUAAAGCAAAGCCUGAAGACGCUGUACAAGUCAGGCGACCUACUGCUCCAUCUCCUAGAGGAUCUCCUCAGUUUCUCCAAGAACCAAAUUGGCCAGCAACUAGCCCUUGAAGAAAGGGAGUUCAGAUUGGCUGAUAUCAGAACGCAAGUGCUGUCCAUUUUCGACAAACAGGUGCGGGAAGGCCGUAUCGCCCUCUCUGUUGAUUUCCUGAGUUCCGAGGUCGUCGAGAUCAAUCCUGGCGUGGACAGGACCAGUGCAGAGAAGAAGCUACCCGCCCUUGGUCCCCACGGCAUGGGACGACUCAAAGACAUGUGUCUUUGGGGCGAUCAACACCGAAUUUUGCAAGUUCUCAUCAACCUCGUCAGCAACAGUCUCAAGUUUACACCAGCGGAAGGCCGGGUAGAAGUGAGAAUCAGGUGCAUAGGCGAGGUGGAAACCCCGGUUGGCGGCGACGACAGUCGCACAUCGUCCUUCUCCAAAGACUCGAGACGAUUCGGUAGAUCGCGUCACAGGCUGAACUCGAGCUCGGUCCACUCGGCCAGCUCCAAGGCGGGCUCUACAUCAUCGCAACAAAUCCAGAAUGCUAGUUACAAGGGCACAGCACUUACGAUCAAUCCUGCUGAUCCGAAGGCCACACCGCAUGUUCAGAUACGAGAACGGUCGCCCACACCACCGCCCCCGGGCGCCAAGCAAUUCAUGUUCGAAUUCGAGGUUGAGGAUACCGGCCCUGGUAUUCCAGAGAACAUGCAGCAGAGGGUCUUCGAGCCUUUCGUGCAGGGCGACCUGGGCCUAAGCAAGAAAUUUGGCGGCACCGGUCUUGGUUUGAGUAUUUGUCAUCAGCUGGCGACCCUCAUGGGAGGUUCCAUCUCUUUGAGGAGCACCGUUGGAGUAGGCACAACGUUCACGAUGCAGAUUCCCCUCAAGUAUGUGAGGGACAGAGCGUCCAGCACUGCAUCUAGCAGCAUCAAGUCAAGGCCACCUAGCCUAGAUCUCAUCGACGGAGGUAUAGACAGCCCCCAAAGGAAGAGCGUAACUGGCAGCUUGACCGCACCAGGUGACGACAUGGAUCCGAUUCAGCCCGGUCAGGAGACGACGAGACUUGUGGGUUUGCGACAACCUUUCUUCCCAGCAUCUCCGACACCGAAGCCGACCAGCAACACGAAAGAUCAGAUGGAUGCCAUUAAGCGCGCCAUCGCGAAUAAAAACGGCAAGGGCAAACUGCGAGUCUUGGUCGCCGACGACAACUCGACCAAUAUCGAGGUCGUCAGUAAGAUGUUGAAGCUAGAAGAUGUCUACGACGUGACGAUCGCCAAAGACGGCCAGGAAGCGUACGACCUGGUCAAGGCCAAUAUGGACGAAAACCUCCGUUUUGAUGUGAUCUUUAUGGACGUCCAGAUGCCUAACCUUGACGGUCUGCAGUCAACCAAACUCAUUCGCAAAAUGGGUUACAAGGCGCCCAUUGUGGCGCUGACGGCGUUCUCGGAGGCCAGCAAUGUGAAGGAGUGCAUGGACAGUGGUAUGGAUGAGUUCUUGAGCAAGCCGAUCCGGCGUCCAGCGCUCAAGCAGGUGCUCAUGAAGUUCGCCACCAUUCCCGAAGAAGAGGCAGAAACGUCAAGCUUGACGAGGAAAACGACGCCGGAAGACGUCAUCCGGGAAAAACCAGUGGCACAUGAGGCUCCGACAAACGGAGCCGCGACCACGCCAAAAGAUCCGGAGAAGGUGAACGGGGCACCAAGGUGACCCCGCGCUCUCACUAUGUAAUACACCUACUUGACAGAGAGCACCGCCGACCAAGGAUGCAGCAAUACUUGGGUGUCGGCGUUUGGAUCCUCUGUCCAUUAUUCCCCUUACCCCCGUUCGUUUUUGUAGAUAUCGCAGGUUCUGCCCGGAUCCGACGCCGGCAUCAGGAAGGGCAUCGGAAACAAAAUGGGACAUGUGCUCAGGGAGGAGUCACUCAUUUGUAGGAGCACAGGGUUGCGAGCAGAGAUAUCCAGUCACGAAUGUCUUUUACUUUGUCCUUUCCAUUUAUGAAAAUCUCAGCACCGGGAGUUUGGCUUUGGCAUUGGAACAUGCUCGAAUUAUAUACGCGCCAUGAUGACGGGGUUGGGGACCACCCCUGACGUGUGCACAUAGUAGUCUGGCCGGCAAGGCAUAUGUUAAUUGAGGCCGUAUGACGGGCUUCUGAAACGUCACCAAUGAUACUAUGAGUGUCUUUUUUUUUUGGUUC